UGUAGCAGCUCGAGGAUGCAGCAGGGAGGAGGACAUUUACUACCCGCCGAGGACGCGUGGAUGGGAUCUAACUGAUUUGUCCUGCUUGGUGAUUAAGUUAUGUCGAAUCGUAACACCUUUGACAGUUUGUCUUCGGAGUAUUUUUGAAUAUUUUUCUGAUUUUAGUCCGUUUCUGUCUCGGAGCGGAUUGGAGAUGACAACGCUGAAUGUAAGAGGCAGGUGGGAGAGAGAGAGAAAGGGCUGAGAGAGAGGGGAAAGGGACCGUGUGAUUUCAACGGUUUUCUCCAAAGACAUGUGAAAUAUAACUAACCCUUCGCGGAUGUGUGCUAGCGAAUAACACAUAUUAUUUCCCUGAAUUUUUUAUUUUCUUUUGUUUUUACCCUCGUGCAUGAGUGAUUCAUUAAAAUAAUGGAUUUCUUGAAUUUCUCCGGGGUGGUGGACGAGCGGAAUACCACAUUCCCCAACUCAUCGGCUACCGGGGACAGUGAGUACUCUCUCCUCUCCAUAACCGGACUGACGGUAGUCGUCGGCUUUCUCAUCCUGUUUACCAUUGUGGGCAACGUGCUGGUGGUCAUCGCCGUGUUGACCAGCCGCGCUCUCAAACCGCCGCAGAACCUCUUUCUGGUGUCCCUGGCCAGCGCGGACAUCCUAGUGGCUACUCUCGUCAUGCCUUUCUCUUUAGCUAACGAACUCAUGGGCUACUGGUUCUUCGGGAAAGUUUGGUGCGACAUCUACUUGGCGUUGGACGUUCUCUUUUGCACGUCGUCUAUAGUUCACCUGUGCGCUAUCAGUCUCGAUCGUUACUGGUCGAUCACCCAGGCGAUAGAAUACAACCAGAAGCGGACGCCUACACGGCUAAACGGGAUGAUCGUGGUGGUCUGGCUGAUCUCGGCCGUUAUUUCCUUUCCGCCGUUGAUCUCCAUGGACAGGAGCAGCGGAGGGGAGAUCAGUCCUCAGUGUCGGCUGAACGAUGAGACCUGGUAUAUUCUCUACUCCAGCAUAGGAUCCUUCUUCGCUCCCUGCGUUAUCAUGAUACUAGUGUACAUCAGGAUCUACCAGGUUGCUAAGACGCGGACGAGGACCAUGUCGGAGAAGAAGAGAGAGGUGGAGGACAACGGAACUGCCCCGUUACAUUUUAACGGGUUAGGGCAGGGGGGCGAGGAGGAGGGGUGCGGAGGGUCUCUGAAGGAAAACGGUGGGGGCGGAGGGGUUGCCCGGGAGAACGGGCACUGCCAGAGCCAGCAGAAGACGCCGGUGCCACAGGGGAUGUUACCCAACGAACCCAAAUUAACCCCCGACCCUGACGAUGGAGACGACUUUGACGACAGCAGCUCGUCGGACGAAAAACCCACAUCCGCCAAAAAACAUUCCUCUUCCUCUUCCUCUUCCCAUCAGCAUCAACACCACCACCACCACCACCACCACCACCAUCACCAUGACGACAAGAAGGAUUCCAAACCUUCAGAGAGAAGGAAGUCCACAGGAAGCAGGAAGAGCAGCUUGGCUUCGUCCAAACGCUCAGAGAGCAAGAAGUCGCGUGCCAGCUCUAAGUCCAUCGAGCUGUUUUCGUCCCGUAGGAAACGGCGGAGCACCGUCAACAGGAACAAAAUAACAGCGGCGAGGGAGAAGAGGUUUACCUUCGUCUUGGCGGUGGUGAUGGGCGUCUUCGUGAUCUGCUGGUUCCCCUUCUUCUUCAGCUACAGCCUGUAUGGAGUGUGCCGGGCGCCGUGUGAGAUCCCCCAGUCUCUUUUUAAGUUCUUCUUCUGGAUAGGCUACGUCAACAGCUCCCUCAACCCCGUCAUCUACACCAUCUUCAACCAGGACUUCAGACGAGCAUUCCAGAAGAUUCUAGUCUGCAAGUCAGGGAAGAGGUCUUUCUGAACGUGGAUAGUCCAACAGUAUAUACUGUACAGUACAUGGACCUAUAUACAAGUCAGGGAAGAGGUCUUUCUGAACGUGGAUAGUCCAACAGUAUAUACUGUACAGUACAUGGACCUAUAUACAAGUCAUGGAAGAGGUUCUCCUGAUGGGGAAGUCACAUGGACCCUAAUGCUUUCUCCAUUCACAUGGACCCUAAAGACCUUGAUGGUUUCCCUAGUCACAUGGACCCUAAUCCUUUCCCUAGUCACAUGGACCCUAAUGCUUUCCCUAGUCACAUGGACCCUAAUCGUUUCCCUAGUCACAUGGACCCUAAUGACCCUAAUCCUUUCCCUAGUCACAUGGACCCUAAUGCUUUCCUUAGUCACAUGGACACUAAUGCUUUCUCUAGUCACAUGGACCCUAAUGCUUUCCCUAGUCACAUGGACCCUAAUGCUUUCCCUAGUCACAUGGACCCUAAUGCUUUCCCUAGUCACAUGGACCCUAAUGCUUUCCCUAGUCACAUGGACCCUAAUCCUUUCCCUAGUCACAUGGACCCUAAUGCUUUCCCUAGUCACAUGGACCCUAAUGCUUUCCCUAGUCACAUGGACCCUAAUGCUUUCCCUAGUCACAUGGACCCUAAUCCUUUCCCUAGUCACAUGGACCCUAAUGCUUUCCCUAGUCACAUGGACCCUAAUGCUUUCCCUAGUCACAUGGACCCUAAUGCUUUCCCUAGUCACAUGGACCCUAAUGCUUUCCCUAGUCACAUGGACCCCAAUGCUUUCCCUAGUCACAUGGACCAAUAUACAUUGGGCUGUAUUUAAAAUGCCAACAUAUUCUCUAUGAAGGUCUUAUGGAUUCACAUGUGACCUGGCAGAGGAAGGAUAUCAAGGAUCUGGAAAAUAGUCUGUAUGGAGGAAUGGUCUAAG